GAACCCGGCCAGGAUUGGGGUCUGGUAGCGGAGCUGGCAAAGUGGGCGGUGUUAGGAGUGCAGUCAGACAAGCCUGGACCAUCUUUGGCUCAAACCGCAGAAUUGCUGGAGAUUUCGCAGCCAUGACCCCGGCCUUGGACUCCCUGGCUGAGGCUCUCUGGACCGCUCUCCGUCCCAGCACUCUCCUGCUGGGUGCCGUCGCCUUUCUCCUCUUUGCCGAUUUCCUCAAAAGGCGGAGCCCAAAGAACUACCCGCCUGGGCCCCCGCGCCUGCCUUUCGUAGGCAACUUCUUCCAUCUGGACGUUGAGAAGGGACACCUGGCACUUCAGCGGUUUGUGAAGAAAUAUGGGGAUAUUAUUAGCCUGGAUUCCAGUGUAUUUUCUUCAGUUGUUAUAACUGGAUUGCCCUUAAUCAAAGAAGCCUUUGUCCAUCAAGACCAACACUUUGCAAACCGCCCCAUGAUCCCUACCCAAGAACGUGUCUUUAAGAAAAAUGGACUAAUCAUGUCCAAUGGCCAGAUAUGGAAGGAGCAAAGAAGGUUCGCCCUGACAACACUGAGGAAUUUUGGUUUAGGAAAGAAGAGCUUAGAGGAACGCAUUCAGGAAGAGGCUCAGUACCUCAUCCAGGCAAUAGGAGAGGAGAACGGACAGCCUUUCAACCCUCACUUCAAAAUCAACAAUGCAGUUUCCAACAUCAUUUGCUCCAUCACAUUUGGGAAGCGGUUUGACUACCAGGAUGAUCAGUUCCAGGAGCUGCUGAGGCUGUUGGAUGAAGUCACAUGUCAGCACACAUCAGUGCAGGUCCAGCUCUACAAUAUGUUUCCACGAAUAAUGAAAUUCCUCCCUGGACCCCACCAAACCCUCUUCAGUAACUGGGAGAAAUUGCAAAUAUUUGUUGCCUGUGUGAUUGAAAACCACAAGAGAGAUUGGAAUCCUGCUGAAGCAAGAGAUUUCAUUGACGCUUACCUCCAGGAAAUAGAAAAGCAUAAGGGCAAUGCUGCUUCAAGUUUCCAGGAAGAAAACCUUAUCUUUACCACCCUGGACCUCUUCUUUGCUGGAACUGAGACAACGUCAACCACGCUGCGCUGGGGUCUGCUGUACAUGGCCCUGUAUCCUGAAAUCCAAGAGAAAGUCCAAGCUGAGAUUGACAGGGUGCUUGGCCAAUCGCAGCAGCCAAGCACAGCAGCUCGAGAGUCCAUGCCCUACACCAACGCUGUCAUCCACGAGGUGCAGAGAAUGGGCAACAUCAUCCCCCUGAAUGUGCCUAGGGAGGUGGCAGAGGAUACCACUCUGGCUGGAUACCACCUACCCAAGGGGACCAUGGUCCUGACCAACUUGACUGCCCUGCACAGGGACCCUGCAGAGUGGGCCACCCCAGACACGUUCAAUCCAGAGCACUUUCUGGAGAAUGGAAAGUUUAAGAAAAGAGAAGCCUUUUUGCCUUUCUCAAUUGGAAAGCGGGCGUGCCUUGGAGAGCAGCUAGCCAGGACUGAGCUGUUCAUUUUCUUUACUUCCCUUUUACAAAAAUUCACCUUCAGGCCUCCAGACAAUGAGAAGCUGAGCCUCAAGUUCAGGGUGGGCCUGACCCUCUCCCCAGUCACCUACCGCAUCUGUGCUAUUCCCAGGGCAUGAGGUUGUGGGAGGGGGAGGGGAAGAAAAGACGGGAGAAUGGGCACCUCCCCCAAGGCAGGGGCUCCUGCUCAGAGGUGAGGGGACAGCAUGAAGUGCCUCUGAGCACAGGUCCUAGGAACUGCACUCAGAGGAACCUGGGUCCAAACCCCAGCUUUGCCAUCUCCAGUGUGGCCCUGGGCAAAUCAGUUAUGAUAUAUGUGAGUCAUUUGCCUUUUCAUCCGGGAGAUUUAAAGAGGAUCAUGGUUCCUUCUCUAAAAAAGAACCGCUGUAGUGCUCGCUUCAGCAGCACAUAUACUAAAAUUGGAACAAUACAGAGAAGAUUAGUAUGGUCCCUGCGCAAGGAUGACACGCAAAUUCAUGAAGCAUUCCAUAUUUUUUAAAAAGCAAAAAAAAAAAAAAACAACUGUAAAAAUCAGAGGAAAUAAUGGACUUGAAGUGGUUUGGAAACCAUAAAGCUCAUCAUAAAGUCA